AUGUUGAAUAUUUCGAUUUCAGAAAUAUAUAAAGAAAUAAAGCAGGUCAAAGAAAACACACUAACAUACAGAACAUCGAGCAACACAGCUGAAAAUGAAGAAAUUAUGAGCGAGCUAAAGAAACUUAGAAUAGAAAUAAAAUCCACAGAACACCAUACGCUACUACAACAAGAAACCAUCGAAGACCUCAGGAAAAAUAUGGCACAAAUUAAGACAGCAGUGGACAAAAAUCAACAAACAUACACAAAUAGCGAGACAAACAGAGACAACACAGAGAUUAUAAAAGAAAUUACAGAGCUAAGAAAAGAAAUAAAAUCAUCAGACAGAAACACAACGCAACUCACAAAACCAAAUUCAACAUCACAACACAAACAAAAUGAAACCACACAGGAGGAGACAUCAGAAGGAAAAACCAGUACACAACAAGUAGAGGAAAACUGGGAAACACAAAGAACCAGAAGAAGUAAAAGAAAAACAUACGCAGAAAUACUAAAUAGACAGAACAGAACAAAAGACAAACAGAGCGGAGAAAUCAAAACGCCACAAGAAUGGAAAACACCAGAAAAAAGAAGAAAUUAUGAUACAAUAAUACACCUGAAAAAUAAAUCACAAGAAGAAAUAGGAAAAUUAAAACCGAAGGAACUGAUCGCAGAAAUAAGAAAAAACAUAGACCAGGAUAUGACCAAUGAAGGACUACAAAACAUAAAGACCACUGACAAAGGAACAAUAAUACUCACAAACAAAGAUAAAGAAGAACAAGACAAAAUAGUACAAGCAUUAAGUAAUAAAGGAGACAUAGAGAUCAAGACAAUAGGGGGAAAACAACCAAGAAUCACCAUUACUGGAGUCCUAGGAGGUUACACAAAUGAGGAAUUUCGGCACGAAUUCAUACAACAGAACGCAAUAAUACUGAAGGAUCAAAAGACGGAGGACAUAGAGUCAAUAAAAGUACUCACCAAGAGAGCAUGCAGAGACAGUAGAAAAGAGAAUUGGACCCUCGAAAUGAACCCGCCCAUUUUUAAAUUACUCAUGCAUGCAGAAAUAAUAACCAUGGACUUGAUGCGCCUAUACGUGAAUGAGAACAAUGAAGUAUCGAUGUGUUUUAACUGCUGUGGAUUCAACCACUCGGCGAAGAAAUGCACACAACCAGCAGUAUGCUAUAAAUGCGGACAAGGGCAUAACGCAAGGGACUGCAGAAGCGAAGAAAUCAACUGUGCAAACUGUGAGAAGAUGAGUUAUCAGAGAAGAAGGCACACGGCAAGAGACACGUGUAACAAGUCACUAUUCCGGUGA